CGUCCACACAACACCAUUUCGCCGCUCCAUUGCAAUCUACUCUUUUAUACCCCUUCUUCUCGUCUACGUAAUACACAGCCAACAUGCUCGAAGCACGCUUAGAACAAGCCGCUCUCCUCAAGAAGGUCGUCGACGCCAUCAAGGACCUCGUCCAGGACUGCAACUUCGACUGCAAUGACUCGGGCAUCGCGCUGCAGGCCAUGGACAACUCGCACGUCGCGCUCGUGUCGAUGCUGCUGCGGUCCGAGGGCUUCAACCCGUUCCGCUGCGACCGCAACAUCGCGCUCGGCAUCAACCUAGGCUCGCUCACAAAGGUGCUCCGCGCGGCGCAGAGCGAGGACAUCCUCACGCUCAAGGCCGAGGACGCGCCCGACGUCGUCAACCUCGUCUUCGAGAACAGCAGCUCCGACAGGAUCAGCGAGUACGACAUCAAGCUGAUGGACAUUGACCAGGAGCACCUGGGCAUCCCUGAGACCGAGUACGCGGCGACCAUCACAAUGCCGUCGGCCGAGUUCCAGCGCAUCUGCAGGGACCUGAGCGCGCUGUCAGAGUCGGUCUCGAUCGAGUGCACAAAGGAGGGCGUCAAGUUCAGCUGCCAGGGCGACAUUGGCUCCGGCUCGGUGCAGCUGAGGCAGCACACCAACGUCGACAAGCCCGGCGAGAACGUCGAGAUCGACCUCAGCGAGCCCGUCUCGCUGACCUUCUCGCUCAAGUACCUGGUCAACUUCUGCAAGGCCAGCGGGUUAUCCGACAGCGUCAAGCUCAGCCUGUCCAGCGAGGUGCCGCUGCUGGUCGAGUACGGCCUGUCCAACCAGAGCUACCUGCGGUUCUACCUCGCGCCCAAGAUCGGCGACGAGGAGUAGGUGUUGUAAUGAGAAAGUAUUUGUAGGAUUUUGUGGGAGUACAGGGCGUACUGCGCGGUUUGCAUACGGCGCGUUAGCAGACGCUCCGAGAUUGGCGAAUAGCGGCUCACGGACGCCGCCAGGGCUCCGAUGCCCCACCGUCGCCCCACGUCAUCGCGUGGAAUUUCAGAUGAGCAAUGACAAAGAUUCACCCGC